UAGAGUCCAGCUUUUUGUGUGAAAGAAUGUGCGACUCAAGGAGUGAUGCACCACCAUUAAAAGGGUGAGGUAGACACAGCUAGCGAGUGCAACGGAGAGGUCCUCCUGUCGUGAGAACGGACAUCUGACUUCUGCAAUCAUGAUCAAACUGAUGAGUCUUAUUGUUGUUGCAUUUUUGCUGCUUGCUGUGAAACCAAUUCCAGUACAGCCUUUAUUCUGCUGGACCAGUUGGUAUGAUCGGAGUGAUCCCACUGGUAUGGGGGACUGGGAAGAUCUUCCUGACCUGAGGAGGGAAAAUCCAGGAGAAAUUUGUCCCAGACCUUAUGCUAUUCAGGCUGUCACUGUUGAUGGGAACAUCCCAGCCACAAGCACGGGGCAGCAAUUCUAUGCCUACAACACCAAAGUGGGCUUCAUUUGUCGCAAUGAGGAUCAGAAUCCCGGUCCGUGCUUGGACUACAAGGUUCGCUUCAGAUGUCCGUGCUUUUCUCCACCUGAAUGUAAGCCCAAGUGCCCGUAACCCGAGAGAGAAAAAUAAUGAUGUGAUCCUUGCAGAUUUUUAAAGAUCGGUUAUUUUUUCAGACUGAAACAAGUUUUUGUCGCUUGUUACUGGGGCCUUUUAUACUGAUUAUGCUGAAGGUGGUCUCUUCGGUCAACUUUGGAGAAAUUAAUUACAAAUAAUAAAAAUUGUCAGUGAAAGCUAA